UUUAUUAAAAUUAUUCACAUUUUCACAGAUUCUGCAAGUGGUGCACAUACUUUUUCUUGCAACUGUAUGUCUCAAACAUCUUCACAGUGUUUUCAGCUGACAGCAUUGCUAUUCCUUUGUUGCAAACACACGAAAUAUUGGGCUAAAAGUUUAUAGUCCGGAUAUAAACACCAAUAUUGUGGCAUCCGCAAUCAAAAUGAAUAAAUUAGGCUAGCUUUGAAACUAGCUCUACGGCGCCCCACAAUUUUCCAAUGUAAAUCUGUUGUGAAAAAUGGAACUGUAGCACGAGCCAUUGGGGCAGAUUUCAGGCUGUCCCGCUUAUUUUCACAGUUGGGCUUUUCGAUUUAUUUUUUUUUAUUUUUAUUUUUUUUUAAACUUUAAAGAUUCUAAAUAAACUUUAAUGGCUGUUUGAAAAUGAGCAAAAUUGGGUUUUGAGAAACUCCAUUUAGUUUGAUGAAUAUAAAAUUUCCCAAAUAACAAAAAAAAAAAAAAAAAAAAAAAAAAAUUAUAGGCCUAUAGCCUAUAUUUUUCUUUUGGAAAAGUCAUUCAUUUGAAUGAAAUAUGUUUCCCUCAUUUGAGGGGGAACAUUUUUGGGGAGUUCUUGAUACUGUGUAACCAAUAAAACACUGACAACUUGUAAUAUUUUAGUAUUUACAAGUAUUUUACUUAUUAAUAUUUUAAUCGUCUGCUUUGUUUUCAGAAUCAUAGGAGAACUGUGAUCUCUAUAUCUAUCUCUAAAUUAUAAUAAUAAUAAUAAUACAGAUUAUCCAGUCAUAAAUUAAGCUUAAAAGAAAAUAUAAUAUAUCUGGAAAAUAUAAUAUAUAUAAUAUAUCUCCAACUUAGGUCACAAUUAGCACUAAUAUUAAGUAGUACAGUCUAGGAUGUAAAAUGUACAAUACAGACUCAGAUGAAGUCUUUAUGUAGCCUACAUUAACAAUGAUUUGGGGCAAUUAAAAUACAUUAUAAUGGAGGAUUAUGAAAAGUUUUUUUUAUUUAAAACGUGGCACUUCUCAUCAGUGUGCGAAGUUCUGCAAACCACGCCACUCUAUCAGCUGCAACCCUCCCCCCCCCCCCCCCUCCCCCGUACGUUCUGCGAUCCAUGCAACUGUGCUAUUUUGAGACAUGUAUAUGGACUAAAAUGUGCUUUUAACAUAUUAUCUCUGUAUUAAAUGUAUUUAGUUACCACUUGUAGUACACUUGAACCCAUCUUUAAUAUACUUUUAAAUACUUAUCAGAUAUAUUGCUGUAUUGUAUAUAUAUUCAACAGAAAACUGUUAAGAAAUAUUUUCUUCAUUCUCAAAAAUGUUUUAAUCUUUUUGUUCCAUUUGCUAAAUCUGAACUUGGCAAGAAAGCUUUUGUGUAUGCAGCCCUGUUUGAUUGGAAUUACCUUCAAUCGAAAUUGAACUUAAACAAUUUGCUGUCUCUGGAUCAAUUUAAAGUAGUCAUCCGGCAAAUGGAAGAUGAUUCAAUGAAAUGUAAUUGUUUUUAACUGUGUGUGUAUGGUGUAAAUCUGUGUCGAAACUAAUUGUUUUGCUGCUCAUUUUGGCCAGGCCACUCCUGUGAAAGAGAUUUUUAAUCUCAGUUUGUCUUUCCUGGUUAAAUAAAUUUUAAAUAAAAAUAAAAAAUAAAAAACAUAAGAAUAACUAAGAAAUUCAGGCAUAAACAGAACUGAUCAAACAUGUGACAAUUAUAAUGUAUUAAAACUGUGGUUACAAUUAUUCAUGAGAACAUACAAUGCAUUAUAAGGUGCAUUACAAGGAAUUAUUAAUGCAUUAAAAAACUUUUAUAAUGCAGCAUUAUAAAGAUUUUAAAUAAAGUGUUACCAAAUUUAUAUUCAAUUAAUCACUAGUGACACUAUAAUAGAUAAAUCUGUUUUAUAAAUACUCUUUAUUUGUAUUAGAUUAUUAUUUUGUCCUGUGUUUGAGUGUCUGUAUCUGAUGUUGUUCAUCAAUGUGACUAAUACAGAGGAAGUAGAAUACUGUGAUAAUGUGAACACUUAAUCCUUCAGAAGAUGCUUUUUUUUCUGGGACAACCCUGUAAAUUUGAGCAAUUUUAGUCUAUAUAACACAAACUAGCACAAGUAAGUGUAAAAGAGCAAGUGUUGGAGUAGUUUACAGGUGUUUUUCUGCAUCUGUGUUACUGAUGAGAGUAUAGAGACUCAUUGCUGUACUUUAUAUGUCUCUCUUAAUUUAGCCACUUCCUCCUAUAUCUGCUUCAGUAUCUCCAUCCACUCAGCCUCUCUUUUAACAUUUAACACUUUCUUUUCCCAGUGCUGUGUGGUCUUUCACAUCUGAAGUUCUUCAGUUCACUAUAUUCACUUUAACCUCUUCAUCACACUGCCACUUUUGCUGUCUGUACCACUUAUAACUCGAUGCCACAUUUAUCUUGUCUGUCAGGUCUUCAUGAGAAAAAUGUCAUUCAUCUAAGUAGCUUUUCGCCUCUCACAAUAGUCCAAGACUUACUGAUUUCAAAACUUUAUGUAUUAACCCAAAACUAUUCUGGCCAGAACAUCUGACUUUCCUUUAAUUCAGCCCAGAGCAGAUUCCUGAGCAUCUUGUGUUACAUUUAAGAGUCUGUGUUAUAAAUCAUUCAAACUAGGGAUGGUAAGAUUUACCUCUUUGCAUCGGUGCAUCAGCAUAAAAGUUAACCGUUAACUUUUAUGCCGAUGCACCGAUGCGAAGCAGUGAAUCUUACCAUCCCUACCAUCCCCAUCCCUUUUUAAAUUGAUGCAAUACAUAUACGGAUACAAGUGGGCAUGUGUAUCGCGAUGCAUCAUUUCUAACAUACUUGCAUCGGUAAAAAUCGAUUUAUUUGUAUAUAAUUAUUAGUAGAUGCGCUAUAAUUUUAUUAUUUAGAAAGUGAACAAUAAUUUGAUGUUUGACUCCACACAUUUCUCUUAUCCCAGUUCCGUUGUGCUUAAAUAAGUGUUGUUAAAAGCAGAACCAGGUGGCAGAGACACGGAGAGCAACUGAACUAAACGCAACAUUCAGUGUUAUAAUGUCUGACUAUAAAAGACUAGAGAUAUCUGAGGUCAUUUAUGAGUGUGUGAGCAGGACUGAGCUUCAGGACAUGGACAGACAGAGAGUGGAGAUGAUGCUGGAUAUCUGUGACAGUAUGAGAGAUCAUGACUUCAGGACAGAGAUAAACACACACCAACCACUUCAGAGUACAGGAAGUGAUCGUGUGAGGAUCAGAAGCUCCAGAGCAGCUCUAGUGUGUUUGGUGCUGCUGUGUGUUCUUCUGCUGACUGCAGUCAUAGUGCUGUGUGUCUACAUCCAUACAAAGAGCACACACUACACAGAAGAGAGAGACCAGCUACUAACCACGACUACCAACCUCACUGAAGAGAGAGAUCAGCUACUAAUCACAAUCAAAGCUUUAAAAACAGAGAAAGAUCAGAUAGAGAUCAAGAACCAAAACCUGACAAAUGAAAUGACAGUGUUAUUAUCCUUAUUAAAGAGUUACUAUGGUCUACUAAUACGUCUUCAUGAAAAGGAUGGAUGGAUUUACUUUCAAUCCAGUUUUUACUACAUUUCCUCUGAGAAGAAGAACUGGACUGAGAGCAGAAGAAACUGUACAGAGAGAGGAGCAGAUCUGAUCAUCAUAAACAACAAAGAGGAACAAGAUUUUGUUAAGAAAAUGUCUGAUGGUGCUCUAGUCUGGAUUGGUUUGACUAACAGUGAUGAAGAGGGCACAUGGAAAUGGGUUGAUGGCACCAACAUGACCUCUGGCUUCUGGAGGUCUGGAGAGUCAAAUGGAGAUACAGGACAGAACUGUGUUUUAACUUAUACACCAGGAUGGGCUGAUUAUCCAUGUAAUUAUCAUUUUAAAUGGAUCUGUGAGAAAACCAUUAAAACAAGUCAUUAAAUCACA